GAGCCCGCCUUCCCGCUGCCCGCACUGCAUCCGCGCGGCUACAUUGGUGCGCUGCGCGCCGUAAACGUCGGUAGCGAUGCGAGGAGCGUUGCACGGCCACUGGUAUGUGUUGCCUCCCGACGCGAGCGACCGCGAAGCCCGAAUGUACGACGAGUGCUGUGCGCGGAUCUGCGAGUGAUUCGGCGUCGCUUCCCCGGUGCCGGGGCCUCCACGCAGCGCAGCUAUGAACACUACGAUGAGCACCGUGAGCGGCAGCGGUGGCGGCGGCGGCGGCAGCGGCGGCGGCAGCGGCGGCGGCGACAAGCGUCUACCGGAGACGACCGUGCAGACCGUGGCGCAGAACUUGACUACGAUGCAACAGAGUGUACAGAGUGUGCAGAGUGUGCCGAGUGUGCAGAGCGUGCAGAGCGUGGUUCAGAGUAGUAUACAGAGCAUUCAGCCGACCCAGACUAUUGUCGGAGCGCCCAUAGGGGCGCCCAGCUGCCUGGUGGGCAAGUCGGUGUCGCUGGACAUGAAUCCCAAGCUAUCCUUGAUGAAGCCGGUGAUACCCUCCGGCACCGCAUCGUCCGCGGAAACCAGUAAAAUAACAACAACGUUAUGUUCUUUAGGAUCUACAGUAAAAAUAAUAUCACCAGGAAUGUUAAGUACCGUGGAAAGGCAAAACCCGCCGCAAACGUCGCCGCAUCCAGUCAGUAUGCCAGCUACGUACCACGUACCGCGAGGACCCGCCGCGGUUGCCAAUAUCUCCGCGCCCAGGUCGACAGUCGCCACUCCUAUCGUCAGGACGAAUACAGGACAGAUUGUGCCUACUACCAGACCAGGCAAUACGCCAAUCUCCAAUCCCCAGUGGCAACCUAAAACGUCCGUCGCGUUAUACGCGCAACCGCAGAGACACCCCACGCCUCCCGUCAGCAGAGUCUCGAGGCCGUCGUCCACCGUGUACACGACGGGGCAACAGCCGCGACUAAUUACGCCGACGAGUCAAGGAAGAUCUGUUCAAGCUACCAUGGUCACUGGUAGUCCGUCCAGGUUAAUAACGCCCGUGUUACAAACUAAUCUUACCAGACAUCCAGUCGCACAAAACAGACCGCCGACGCCGCAAGUCACAGUUGUGUCACAGACCUCGCAACCAACCAGAUCGUCGGCACAAACCAUUCAACCCGCCCAGUCUAGCAGACCUCUGACGACGGCGGGUACGACGAAACGUAUCGCCGUGUCGACGCCCAUCGUGGAGACGGCCAACAGAAUAAGCAGUACAGCCUCGGUUACUAUCGGUUCGGUGGAACCAACUGUAGCACGGCAAUUGUCAAUUAGUGGUAAUACGGUGGCCGGACCAUCGACCGUUAGCCACAUCGUUAUUCCCUCGCAACAGGUUCAACCGCAGCAAGGUGCGCCGCGUGUCGUUCAAACCGUCACCUCUCUGUCGAGCCUCAGUACCGUGUCGCAAGUGAUCACAACAACCACGAAUACGCAGUCGAAUGCAAUGCGGAUACUGCAAACGGUUCCAACCACGGUUGCGAAACUCACAGGAAUGUCCUUGCACUCUUUGCCGAUCGCUCUACCGGUCAGGGCUGCAUCGGCGCCGAUCAAGGCCGCUCCUGCGCAGCCCCAAAAUAUUGGGCAAACCGUUCAGGUCAAACCGGCGCCGCAAGCUAACUUACGUAUGUCGUCCAACAACAGCAGUACAGCCACGAGCUCUGCUCAGCCGGUUCAAGGACAGUACAUACAUACACCACAUACUACUACUACGUAUCUUUCUUUCGAGACUACAGGAACAUAUUCACCAUUUCGACAGGCUUCGGUGCAGCCAGUAAGAUUAGUUGUUGAGCCAGGAUAUGAAGAACCCCACAGUAAACCGAACGCGUCUCCCAGACCAAGCAUCUUGAGAAAGAGAGAUCAUGACAAUUCACCAGUUAAAGGUAUAAUUAUGUUAAAAUUAGUGAGUGCAGUUGAAGCAACAACACGUAUAAAGAUAAUCUCGCAGAUAAUACGUAAAAUAAGGAAUGGGUUAAAUUUAAAGCUAUAAUUGUUUCAAAUAUCUCUUGUUAAUUUGCAAGGGUACAAAAUUUAGAAAACUCAAUUUUGCAGCGCGUCGAAACAUUCUUGUGGAAAUGUUGACCUUAUAUACAA